AUGGAGACAGACCAAUUGAGACCCAUUAAGACAGACCCAUUGAGACAGUCUCAUGGAGACAGUCCCAUGGAGACAGGCGUAUUGAGACAGUCCCAUGGAGACAGUCCCAUGGAGACAGGCGUAUUGAGACAGUCCCAUGGAGACAGUCCCAUGGAGACAGGCGUAUUGAGACAGUCCCAUGGAGACAGUCCCAUGGAGACAGGCGUAUUGAGACAGUCUCAUGGAGACAGUCCCAUGGAGACAGGCGUAUUGAGACAGUCCCAUGGAGACAGUCCAAAGGAGACAGACCCAUUGAGACAGUCCCAUGGAGACAGUCCCAUAGAGACAGGCGUAUUGAGACAGUCCCAUGGAGACAGUCCAAAGGAGACAGACCCAUUGAGACAGUCCCAUGGAGACAGUCCCAUGGAGACAGGCGUAUUGAGACAGUCCCAUGGAGACAGUCCAAGGGAGACAGACCCAUUGAGACAGUCCCAUGGAGACAGUCCCAUGGAGACAGGCGUAUUGAGACAGUCCCAUGGAGACAGUCCAAUGGAGACAGACCCAUUGAGACAGUCCCAUGGAGACAGUCCCAUGGAGACAGGCGUAUUGAGACAGUCCCAUGGAGACAGUCCAGACAGACCCAUUGAGACAGUCCCAUGGAGACAGUCCCAUGGAGACAGGCGUAUUGAGACAGUCCCAUGGAGACAGUCCCAUGGAGACAAAUUUCAAAUGUGUUAG